UUUACUUUAAUAAAACCGUAAAACCGCUCCUCGUAAAAUAUUUUUUAUCUCCUGCAGUAUUUCGUUGGAAUUAAAUUCGAUUACUUCAGAUUUGAGUCUGACAAAAUGAUCCUUAAAGGUUUCACAAUUUUGCUUGUAUCUCUCCUAAUCAGUAUUUUCCAUAGUUUGACCCGAACUGCCCAAUGGAAGUUCCCUGAGGACUUUAAGUUCGGAGUUGCAACUUCGGCCUAUCAGAUCGAGGGUGGAUGGAACGAAGAUGGGAAAAGUAUAAGUGUCUGGGACCGAAUCACCCAUCAAACUCCGGCUUUUAUCGUCGAUCAGACUUCCGGGGACGUUGCCUGCGAUUCGUACCACCAAUGGGAACGCGAUGUCGAAAUGUUGGAGGAGUUGGGGGUCCACUACUACCGCUUUUCCCUUGCUUGGACUCGCAUCCUGUCCGGGGCUUACACCAGCAAGGUAAACCCAGCCGGAGUCAAAUAUUACAACAAUUUGAUUAACAAACUCAUCGAGAAUGGUAUUGAACCCGUGGUCACUCUGUACCACUGGGACAUGCCCCAGAAAAUUAGCACCUUGGGUGGGUUAACAAACGACGCGUGGGUCAAGUUCUACACACAUUACGCACGAACGGCCUUUGAGUUGUUCGGAGAUCGAGUCAAAAUCUGGAUCACUUUCAACGAACCGAACAUAAUCUGCCAUUACUUUAAUCGUGUUCUGGGCAGUGUUCAGCCAGCUUAUCCCAACGGAGUCAUCGAAUAUUUGUGCAGCUACAAUCUACUUAAAGCCCACGCUGAGGCUUACCAUAUCUACGACCGGGAAUUUCGACACAAACAAGGCGGAAAAGUCGGUAUUACUCUUAAUUUUGAAUGGGCAGAACCUGCCACUGACAAACCGGAAGAUGUUGAAGCGGCUGAAAGAAGACGACAGUUUGAUUUUGGGAUUUUUGCUAAUCCGAUAAUUAACUUCGAUUAUCCAAAAGUUGUGAUUGACCGAGUUGCCAAACGAAGCGAGUUGGAAGAGUUUCCGGAGUCAAGAUUACAAAAAUUCACUUUUGCCGAAAAAUUAAACGUGAAAGGGACUUAUGACUUCCUGGGGUUGAACCAUUACACCACUUGGUUGGUUUCAAACGGAGAAGAAGCGCCUUUAGACCAAUCAGGUUUUUAUAUCGAUACCAAAGUAAACAGGGUACAAGAUGAUAGUUGGAAUACGACAGGAGCUGACGACAAUCGGGUGGUGCCAUGGGGUUUGCGCAAAGCCUUAAACUGGAUAAAAACAACCUAUGGAAACCCUGACAUUCUUAUCACGGAGUGUGGUUAUUCCGAUAAAGUCGGUAAUUUAGAUGACGACCAACGUGUUAAUUUUUACAGGGAUUAUCUAAAUGCAACUCUUCAAGCAAUUUUGGAAGAUGGAGUGAAUGUGAAAGCCUUCAUGGCUUGGAGUUUGAUGGAUAAUUUCGAAUGGAAUCAAGGAUAUUUAGUGAAAUUCGGAUUGUACCAUGUUGACUUCAGCGAUGCCAAAAGGCCAAGGACAAUGAAGGAUUCAGCAAAGUAUUAUCAAAAAAUUAUUGCCACGAGACGAUUAGACCAAGUUGUGUAAACUGUAGCUCUCUUUCUGACAAUAAAAUUUAAACACAGCAAAA